AUGAAGACGGCCUCCUGCGAAUGCAAAAAAUGCCAGGCAUCAGUUGGGAGUUUUUCCAAUCUUUGGAUCCAGAUUGGCAAUAGCUAUCUCGGCCCUGUGAUCGGAUCAGACGAGGAUUUGGCCAUUCGAUGCGAAGGAAAGACAAGAAUCGGGGGAAAUGGGACUCUGGUGGAAGGAUGCCAUUUACAAAACCUUUUGUGUGACGGUUGUGCAGCCAUACUCGGCUUUCGAUGCAUUGAGACCCCAGUCAACCAUGUCCUCGACGACAAUCAAGUUCUGUUGAGAAUCGCGUCUGUCAAUCUGCUCGGUGAGGAAAGAGAGGAGCUUAAACCCGAGGUCAAAAGAGUCCUCAGCAUCAACGAGCCGUCAAGAACGAGCAAUGGUGGGCCGCCCGACCUGUCCUCAAAUUCCCCCAGUACCAUCGAGUUUCAGCAGCUCAAGUUCGAACUCGAAGGCCAAAAAGACUACCUCAGACGUAUUGACAGUAAUGGCUUCAGAAUUGUGGCAGGCUUGGACAAACGUGUGGCUCGUGUGGAGAGUGAUUCAAAGACACUACAUGCAACAGUGAGUGGGUUCAAGGGAAGCAUACUCGGAGUACAGGAUAGCCUCAAGUCACUACUCGGAUCAGAGCUGAACGGGAUUGAUAAAUUCGGAACCGAGCAAAAGGCGACACUGGAAGGCCUUCGGAGCCGGGUGUCCCUGGUCAGUGAUGGCCUCGACAUAAUCCAACAGCAGGCAACAGCUCUCGCCGAAGAGCUGCGAGAGGAAGUCUCAGAUCUCAAGAACCAACUUGAACAGACGACAGGAGAGCUUCAUAUGCUGAGGGCCGAGAUCAAAGUGAGCGUCAGCGCCGACAACUAUGCCCGUGAUAUGGCUGCUAUGCGCACCGAGAUCGCGCAGCUCAGAAGAGAUCUUGGCACUGUGCGCAGCAACGAACACGAACGUGUUGCCCCUUCUUUUCCCUCAAGGGAGCUCGAGAUUCUCACCAGCAACAUCGCGAAGAUUGGUAAUCGAGCCAGCCAGGUCGAGACUUUACAAAUGGAGUUUGAGAUCUUGAAAGAGAGGGUCGACAGAGCAGAGGCAAAUUAUGGGGCAUCCAAUAAUCGACGUGUGGCAUAUCCCUUGGAUCCAGAGACAUCUCUUCCCCACCCAGGAACGAGGAAGCGGGCUUCUUCGCCCAAGCCGGAGCCUGUAUCUAAACGAAGAGUGCCCUCGGACCAAUUCUCGGAUUACACGGUCUCUGGACACAGUGCUGCGCCGCUCACCCCGUUGAGGCAGAGUAGCACGACAAACUUGCAAAAUCCCAAGAAACGGACUCGUCCCAAGACAGCUGCUGCAUUAUCCAACUCGGGAGGCAGGUGA